ACUAAAUUAUUUGGAGAAAAAAAUGCUGAAGGGCUAAAUUAGAUUGUAGAAAUUAUCUUCUUUGACUUAAGUUUUGUGGCUACUCUAAAUUGAUUACUUGUUUCCCUGACUGAUCUCUAAACAGAGAAAGGCAAUCCCUUUCACUUGCAAAAUAUUCUCACAAAAUGAGUUACCUUCCCACCACCUUGGUUACUUGCCAAGGAGUAUUUUAUUUUUCCACUAGGAAAAAGAAAAUCAGCUUGUAUUUUGUUUGCUAGAGUCCUCUGCAUUUUAAUUGUGAACUCUGACUGAACAUCAGAGAGGCCUUAUGAUGUUUUGCACAAAAGUGCCUGUGUUCAUAGUUUUUCUCUGGGCACCCAAAAUAGAAUGCAUUAGGCAGUGUCAUACUGUGAGUUUUCAAAACUGAAAGCAGAAGUGACUUAUACUGGCAGGAAUCUGUGACUCCUAAAGCUUUCCAGGGAUCUGUGAAGUAAAACAGAACUGCUUACUUCUCUGCAUCAGAAGUUAAUUCAACUUUUACAGUACACAUUUCUUUAAACCUAGAUGGCCCUGAGGUUACAAAGAGACAGGCAUUCAUUUGAAGCAUUUUGGUGAAUUUGAUCAGCUUGGAAUUUUUUGACUUUUAACAAGCUCAGAGUUCGACCAUGUGUUCAAGAUGAAAAUUGAUUGAAAGAAGGAUUCAGCAUGAAUCGCUCUGCAUUUCUGUCUUUCACGCUGGUGCUGGUUCAGCUUUGGCUUAGCUCUCCAAGCAUGCACGACUGCAGUAUUGAAAACACAGACCAGUCUUUCACAGCAGUGCGAAGAGUGAAACGUGGCUGGGUAUGGGAGCCACUUUCUGUAACUGAGGAACAGACUUCUGAGAAGCCUGAGUAUAUUGGACAGGCCCUUCACCAGCUUCGUUGCCCUGCUCUUUACUCACUCCAGCACCUCGACGUCUCUCUUGAAUUGAGGUGCCCAAAACUGGACACAAUACUCCAGCUGAAAUCAGAUUUAGACAAGCAGGAUGGCAGCCUAAAAUACAUCUUGACUGGAGAGGGAGCUGGAAGCAUUUUUACUAUUGAUGAACAGCACGGCAAAAUCUACGUGACACAAAAGCUGGAUCGAGAAGAGAAAUCCUUCUACACUCUAAGAGCACAAGCAGUUUACAGGAGCACUCAACUUCCUGUAGAACCAGAAUCAGAAUUUAUUAUCAAGGUUCUAGAUAUCAAUGACCAUGAACCACAGUUCUUGGAUGGACCUUAUGUGGCUACUGUUCCAGAAAUGUCACCUGAAGGUACUUCGGUUACACAGGUAACAGCUACAGAUGGUGAUGAUCCUUCUUAUGGGAAUUAUGCCCGUCUGCUUUACAGUCUCAUUCAGGGACAGCCUUAUUUCUCUGUGGAGCCAAAGACAGGGGUCAUCAGAAUGGCUUCCCAAAUGGAUAGAGAAACAAAAGAUCAGUAUUUGGUCAUCAUCCAAGCCAAAGAUAUGGUUGGGCAAGCAGGGGCACUUUCAGCAACAGCCACUGUUACCAUCAACCUUUCUGACAUCAAUGACAAUCCACCUAAGUUUCAACAGCGACUCUACUAUAUGAGUGUCUCUGAAGAGGCUCCCGUGGGCACCACUGUAGGCAUAAUCUUCGCAGAAGACAGCGAUAUAGGGGAGAAUGCAGCCAUGAACUAUUUCAUCGAAGGAGAUAACUCAGAUGUUUUUGACAUCAUUACUAACAAUGAAACUCAAGAAGGAAUUAUCUUAUUAAAAAAGAGAGUGGAUUAUGAGAGCAAGAGGAGAUACAGUAUUCAAGCAAAAGCUGUAAACAGGUACAUUGAUGACCGUUUUCUGAAAGAAGGACCAUUUGAAGACAAAACCAUUAUCAAAAUCAAUGUGGAAGAUGCUGAUGAGCGUCCAGUUUUCACAUCAGAGAAGUAUAUGAUGGAGAUUGCUGAAGCAGGUGUGAGUGGCUCAUUGGUGGGCACUGUUACUGCUAGAGAUCCAGAUGAUGAUGCUUGCCCAGUCAGGUACUCUAUUGUCCACGGCAUGCAUCUAAAUAGAUUGUUCAGCAUCAGUGAACACAACGGAACAAUCAUUACAACUAAACCUCUUGACCGAGAGAUAGCUUCUUGGCACAACAUAACUGUAACAGCCACAGAAAUAAGAAAUCCUGAAAAAAUUUCAGAAGCAAAUGUGUAUAUCAAAGUUCUCGAUGUAAAUGAACAUGCACCAGAAUUUCCUAAAUACUAUGAAACAUUUGUUUGUGAAAAUGCUGUUUCUGGCCAGCUAAUUCAAACUGUCAGUGCAGUGGAUCAAGAUGACUCAGCAGAAGUUCACCAUUUUUACUUCUUGUUGGCUCAGGAGGCCAUAAACGACUCACAUUUUACUGUCAAAGAUAAUCAAGAUAACACAGCUGGAAUUUUCACAGCAAAAAGUGGCUUCAGGAGGCAAGAGCAGUUUUCUUUCUACUUGCCAAUCUUAAUUCUGGAUAAUGGAACUCCACCACUGAGCAGCACAAGUACUCUCACUAUCACUGUCUGCAACUGCAACACUGAAGUUAACAUCUUCUACUGUCGAUAUGAAGCUUUCAUGUAUGCCAUGGGUCUCAGCACAGAAGCUUUAAUUGCCAUUUUAGCUUGCCUACUAACACUCCUAGUGUUCUUUUUGGCAAUUGUAGCCAUAAGGCAGCAGAGAAAGAAGUCUCGCUUUUUGGAGAAAAUGGAAGAAUUCAGAGAGAACAUUGUCAGGUAUGACGAUGAAGGAGGUGGUGAGGAGGAUACAGAAGCCUUUGAUAUUUCAGCACUGAGGACCCGCACUGUCAUGCGAACACACAAACCUCGGAAGAAAGUGACCACAGAAAUCCACAGCCUCUACAGACAGUCUCUGCAGGUUGGCCCUGACAGUGCAAUCUUCAGGCAAUUCAUUUCAGAAAAGCUUGAAGAAGCAAAUACAGAUCCUAGUGUUCCUCCAUAUGACUCACUUCAGACCUAUGCAUUUGAGGGGUCUGGCUCUUUGGCAGGAUCUCUCAGCUCUUUAGGUUCAAACAUGUCAGAUGCGGAUCAGAGUUAUGACUACCUUACAGACUGGGGACCUCACUUUAAACAGCUUGCAGGCAUGUACACUUCCCAUAGAAGUGUGGGGGAUUAGUUACUUUUUGCUUUGUUGUUUUAUUUUCCGAAAUCUCUGCAAUCAAAAAACAACUGUGGAUUUUUAUGAAGGAGAUCAAACCACAUGUAAGCAUAAAAAAUAGAUUUUAGUUUUUUGUUUAUUUUUGGUUGGUUGGUUGCUUUUUUUGGUUUUGUUUGUUUGUUUGCUUGGUGGUUUUUCGUUUGUUUGUUUUUUUGUUUCUCUGUUUUUUCUGGAAAGUCUUGGAUGUAGAGAUCUUUUGAUCAUAAAAAAAUCACAACAGGGGUGUCAUGAGUUAAGGGAACAGAGACUCCAUUUGAAAAUCUUGUGGCUACUUAAGUGCCCAAAUGUAAACUGUGCUGCUUUGGAUAUCUAGGCCCCCUUUUGGAUACUGAAAACCUAGGCCCUGCAGGUACAAAAGGAGGAGCAGAAGCCAUAAAUGGAUAUUGUAGAUACCCUAUCAUCCAUAAGCUUUAAAAAGUUUAUGAAGUUAAGACAGACUUUUGCUGUUACAGUUGAAUAUAUUAAUUAACCAAAGUCAAAUAUGCAUAUUUGUAUAAUGCUUCAUAUAUAAAUACACGUUUGUUAAAAAUAGACCCUAGAUAUUCUAAUACAACUGCCAUAAGUGUUCACAGAAUCAUCUAUUUAUUUUUUUUAGGAUGAUAAAACUAAACCAAAUGUAUUUUGCUAUCAUUGUAAAAAUAAAGACCUAUUACAACAUCAGCAAGUAUUUGCUGCCAUUUUACUUUUUAAUAGAGCUACUGGAAAAUACGUAAAACAAUACUUAACCUAGCUGAUGAGACAGAAAAAAAAAUAAUCAAUUCAAGUUAACUUGACUGUGUCCAAUUCUGGAACCCCCAAUAUAAGGACAUGGAGCUCAUGGAGAACAUCCAGAGGAGGGCCACAAAGAUGAUCUGAGAGCUGGAACACCUCUCUUACAAGCUGAGAGAGUAGGGGCUGUUUAGCCUGGAGAAGAGAAGGCUUAGGAGGCACCUUAUAAUGGCCUUCCAGUGCCUGAAGGGGCCUACAGGAAACUUGGGGGAGAACAUUUACAAGGGCUUGUAGUGAGAAGACAAGGGGGGAAUGGAUCAAAGCUGAGAGACUGGAGAUUUAAGUUAGACAUUAAGAGAAAAUUCUUUAGUGUGAGGGUGAUGAGACACAGGAAUAGGUUUCCCAGGGAAGUUGUGGAAGCCCCUUUCCUGGAAGUGUUCAAGGCCAGGUUGGAUGGGCCCUGAGCAACCUGAUCUAGGGGGAGGUGUCCCUGCCCAUGCAGGGCACUUGGAACUAAAUGAUCUUUAAGGUCCCUUCCAACUCAAAUUGUUCUACAAAUCUUUGAUUCUAUGAAGUUAGAAUCAAUAUUCAACAUAAAUACUGCAAUUGACCACGUCAUAUAUUACUGCAGUUAGAACAAAAUGGUACCCAAAUACAGGCAUGUUUUCUUUUAUUAAGAGUUUAAAGGAUGAUGGAUUUACAGGCACAGAUUGAUUUUUUUUUU